AUGAAGUUUAAGCAACAAAUACGACACGAAUGUACCCUCAGCAAAGAACAAAAAGGGGAUAUCCUGAGGUCCCCUUACUCCUCCCCCAUACGUAAAUUAUCUUUUUGGUAUCAGAGCUUCAGAACGGUUGAUAAGAGUGAGGAAAGUAUCCCGUACUUUCGAAGCCAAUGUGCUUUCCUCAAAGAAAAGAAGCGGCAUUUACUGACUGAAGAGUAUAAAUCGAUCUUGCAUCCUUUCAGCCAGAUUAUUCGCAAAAAGCGAGUGAUAAUGUUCUUUAUGUGGUUGACGUCGUUCGUGAUGGACCCCUAUUUGGGGACUUUCUAUGCGAAGAUUUACCUUCACCCCGACAGAGGAAUACUACCGUUCGACUUCAUCCAAGGAAUUAUGGCUUGUUUGUACUUGAUUGACGUGAUAUCGCGAUUUUAUACCGGCUAUUUCAUAGAAAUGACAGGAGUGGUGGUUCUGGAGCCGAAAAAAAUCUACAAUCACUACUUGAAGACUUACUUUUUCUUCGACUUUUUCGGUGUGGUGCACAUGUUCUUCAUGUUAGUGUUGCGUCGGUACUUGUCUUUGAGAGCCCAGGUGCUCAUCUACCCUAUGGUCAGCAUCCGUGUAGUACGCUUAAUAACGCUGUUGUAUAACUUUAACGUAGUGUUGCGAGAAUUCAGAUGCCGCGAAGUUGCCAGGAAAAUAUACACGACGGUCCUCUUCUCCGUCUUGCUUAUCCACUGGUCUACGUGUCUCAUAGCUCUGGUGCCUGCGAUUCGCGAGAUCCACGACCACCUUAGCAGGGAGUCUUGGUUGGCAUCCUUGUACAUGAACCGCCAAAACAUUCUAGUCGCCGAGGAAGCAAACGUAACCCGCGCCUUGGCAUCCGAGAUAUUCUACGGCAGCUUCGUCGACUACCUCGACCACGUCCAGAUCGUCAUCUGCCACUUCUUCGGCGCCGGGGUCGGCGCAUACAGAACCCACGACGCUCUCGAGAGAAUGCUCUUCUCCUUCAUCCUCAUGGCGGGUCUCAUGUACUGGACCACUGUGCUCGCGCACAUCCUCCAGAUUUUCGGGACCCUCAACAUCUCGGAGUCGAAAUUCGAAGAACUCUCCAUGGAAGUGAAGCACCUGAUGGUCAUGAACCGGUUCCCCAAAAGGUUGAGAAAGCGCAUCCGGAAAUACUACACACUCAAGUUCGACAGAAAGUUUUUCUCGGAAACGAUUAUUUUGGACACGCUAUCGGAACAUCUCCGGAUGGAAGUCCUUCUUUAUAGCUGUCAGAUUCUGAUCGAGAAGGUGCAGAUCUUCAAAGGACUAUCCAGAGCCGCGGUAGGGAGCAUGCUGGCUUUCUUGCAACAGGAGAUUUAUCUUCCGGGGGAUGUGAUCAUGUCGAACGACGACCCAUUGACCAGCAAAAAGCUGUAUUUUGUUUUGUAUGGGACGUGCAUGGUAGUGGCGGCGGAGAGGAUAGAAGCGAUGCACAUAGAAGAUGGGUUUCAAUUCGGGGAGCUGGCGCUGAGCGAACCGAAUCGCAUCCAGGUGUUGUACCAAGUGGAGGCGAUAGAGCCGGUGGCGAUCUACUAUUUGGACGAACGGGAUCUGGAAUAUUGCAGCCAGCAUUAUCCAGAGAUCCAUAACAAACUAGGUUUGUUGAUGAAGAUGAAGAUGGAGAAUUACAGGGGUAUUAUGUCGGUGGUGGAACUGGGGACGAGGAGGAUAUUCGACAACGACAUUAUCGCCGAACUGAGAAUCGGGAGGAUAUUGCAUCGCGGGGUAAAGCGAGAACAAGUGUCCUAG